AAUGUUUAGAUGACAGUCUUCGCAUCACGUCCCAUUUAAAUCCUUUCCAGAUGCGCAGGAGUCUCCUAUUAUCGCACACUUUAAAAGUUGUAGGCUAUGUCUUGCACAAUAGUUGGAUACAUUUCGGACGCUCGUUGUCCUGAAGGCUAGGUUACAAUAAAUUAAAAAAAAGAUAAUGUUGAGACUUGAAGGGUUGGGUCAACCUCGUUUCGUAAAGUAAACUAGCUUUCAUUUGUUUUAGCUCUUUCUUUCACAUUCAAAAAUGCGGGCAAUGCAUGGCGUGCUAAUCGUUUUCAUCUGUCUCGACUAUGGUUUGGGUAAGAAGAUGCGUUGGUGCACAGUUUCCGAGCCGGAGCAGAAGAAGUGUGCUGAGCUGGCCAAGGCUUUGGUGGCGGUGUUGCCUGUAGCUGCUGUGGCGUCAUUCGCCAGGCUCUCCUGUAUCCGCACCUACAGCACCUCAGACUGCAUCAACAAGAUCAGGGCUAACAGUGCUGACAUGGUAACACUGGAUGCAGGGGAAGUCUACACUGCAGUAAAGCAGUUUGGCCUGAUCGCCAUCGCCAAGGAGAUUUACAGUGACGGAGGCUGUAUUCUGUCAGUGGCUGUGGUGAGGAACAGCACCUUGGAUGUGCGCUCCCUGCAGGGUAAGAGGAGUUGCCACGCUGGGCUUCGCUGGACAGCCGGCUGGAGUCUGCCCCUGGGUUUCCUUCUGUCCCGCAACUACCUGACCUGGGCCAAAGAGCAGCCUCUCAGUCAGGCGAUUAGUGUUUUCUUCAAUGCCAGCUGUGUUCCUGGGGCGGCUUCCAUAGCUCCCCAACUGUGUGCUCUGUGUCAGGGUCAGAAGUCCUACAUCGCACGACGCAAUUUCCACUGUGAGACGACACACAGCGAACCCUUCUACAACAGCCAGGGGGCGAUCAGGUGUCUCAAGACCGGGGCAGGAGAUGUUGCUUUUGUGGACCAUACAGCCCUGUGGAGUAUUAAAGAGAGUGAAAGUGAUGAGUACCAGCUGCUGUGUUCGGAUGGUACCCGCGCACCACUCAGCGACUACAGGAGCUGCAACCUGGGAAGGGGACCAGGUCAGGGCGUGGUCACUCGCUUCAGUGUUCGGAAGAUCGCUCGCAAGUUCGUAGCGGCAGCACAGGUGGCAUUUGGCCGGCGAGGUAGAGACAGGCAACGUUUUCAGCUCUUUGACUCUUCAAUGUUUGGUGGCGCUGACCUGCUCUUCAAGGAUGUAACAGAGAAGCUGGUCAUUCUAGAGGACGACAGAGACAUCAGUCAGGUGCUGGGGCUGGACUAUGUGGCUCUCCUCAAAGGCCUUGGACAUGAAGGAAGCUCAUUGGAGGACAGUGUUGUGCGCUGGUGCUGCAUUAGCAAUGCAGAACAGAGGAAAUGUGAGCAUUGGGCUCUCAACAUUAAGUCAGAUCCACUGGUGUGCGUUAGAGCUGCCUCCAUGAGCGACUGUGUUGAAAAGAUCAAGAGAGAUGAGGUGGAUGCCGCGUCGCUGGACGCCACACACGCCUUUAUCGCUGGGAAAUGUGGCCUUGUUCCUGUGGUAACAGAGUAUUAUGGGAAGACGUGUGUAACGUUUGAGGGAGGAGCUGAAGAAGCAGCCCAUUCGGAACCCAAAGUGUUUCCGUCUUUGGCCGGUGUAGCUGUGGUGAAGCGCUCCACCAGGAGUGUGUUCUUCGGGAACUUUGGGGGCAGGCGCUCAUGCCAUGGCCACAUGUACAGCCCUGCAGGCUGGCUGCUGCCCUUCAGAAACCCCCUCAGCCUGGAACACAACAACACCUCUCCCUGCAACCCAAACCAAGCUUACAAUGAGGUGUUCUGGAAGGGCUGUCUCCCUGGUUCCCAUGGGAACCUCUGUAAAGUAUGUAUGGGUGGUACUGGGGAGGCCGCCACCAAACGCUGUGCAGACAACCAUAAUGAGAGAUACUAUGGCAAUUUAGGUGCUUUGAGGUGCCUGGUUGGAGACACCAGCAGAAAGAGCUAUGGAGACGUGGCCUUCCUUGAGCAGCAUAAUCUAGAGAGCAACAUUCUCAGUCUGAGCUCCAGUGGCUGGGCAGAUGGGUGGCAGUCCUGGGACUUUGAGCUGUUGUGUGGAGACGGCCGACGGGAACCAUUAUCUGAAUGGGAGAGUUGUAACCUCGGAGCCAUCCCACCCAACAUCAUCAUGACAAGACCAGUGCUCACUUCCCGUAUCUAUGACUUUCUGAUAAAGUCACAGGAGACUCUAGCAUCCAACCCAGAGACGGACUUUAGCCUGUUUCAGUCACAUCAGUAUGGAGAAAGUGAUCUGCUGUUUAAAGACGCCACGCGGUGUCUUAUCCACACCAGUCACCUCAACUAUCGCAACAUAUUGGGAGAAGAGUUCUACAGAUUAGCAGAGAAAGUCUUCAACUGCACACGCGCAGGCAUCUUGGAAUUUUGUAACCAGGACGUGUGUAGCAUAUUUUAGCAACAAACAGAAGAGAACAACAAAAUAUGCUAAUGUAUUGGACUGACCUGUCGAGGAGGCCCUAAGAAUUGGCCUGCCAACAUGUAAUAAUAUAUUUUCUAACGUUUAGUAACGCCACAUUAAAGUCCACACCUAUCUGAUUUGUUUAAUACUUUUGUUUGUAAAAUACAUUUCAAUUAAAGCAUCUUAUUUUUUUCUGCACUAUGAUU